AUGGACGCCCCGUCGCAGCCGCUCAGCGCCCGCUCCCCCAACACGCACCUCGUCAGCCACGACAAGGCCAACGAUCUCAAGGCCGCCCCCGCCAAGAUGAACUCGAUGGAGUAUCAUCGCCAGGUGCUGCAGGGCAAGCUGGAGAAUGGUGAUAAACAACAAGCGAGCUACGUCUCUCCGUCGGACGAUAUCAUGAGCCCUUGCUCGAAGAAGCUGAGUGAUCUGAAGGGAAAGCGGUUCAAGAAUGCUGGAAAACCGCAAUCGCUGUUCGCCAAACUCGGCAAGAAGAACUUUGAACAGUCCUCGGCAGAGCAUCUGCAGCAGACGAAUUCGCCAUCGGAGAAGUAG